AUGGACAUGCAGAAUCUCGUGAACAACUUGAAGAGCACAGCGCUCAGUGUUGGCGAAAUGCUUACUCCAGUGUUGAAGGAAAGCAAAUUUCGAGAGACCGGGGUGCUGACGCCAGAAGAGUUUGUCAUCGCUGGAGAUCACCUCGUUCACCAUUGCUCUACAUGGAAAUGGUCAAAGGCAGCUGAUCCGAGCAGGAUGCGUUCAUAUCUGCCAGAAGACAAGCAGUUUCUCAUUGUGCGUAAUGUACCCUGUCAUAAAAGAUGCCGCCAAAUGGAAUAUGACGCUAGCCAGGAGAAAAUUUUGUCAUCGGAAGAAAUAGGCGCAGAAGACGGGUUUGCUGGUGAUGAAGACAGUGGCUGGGUUGAUACACAUCAUUUUGGCCAUGAAGGAAGCGAACAAGCUCGAAAUGUUGAAUUGUGUGCGACAGUAAAUGACAAUUCGAAUGGUGACGGUGACGAUGAGGAUGAACCGGCUAUGGAUCUUGAUGAUUUUGUUGAGUCUGGUGGUCUAGAGGACAUUGACCCAAACAGGUAUGUUGCCUCACGUUCAGUGGCAGUUGCUGAAAUGGAAAAGCCACGUACUUAUGACUUGCACAUUACGUACGACAAGUAUUAUCAGGUACCAAGAUUGUUUUUAAUGGGGUACGAUGAAAAUCGUAAACCUUUAACUGUGGAGCAGACGUACGAGGACUUUUCUGCUGACCACGCAAAUAAAACUAUAACCGUAGAAGGGCAUCCUCAUAUUGAUUGUGAUAUGCCUACUGUACAUCCAUGUCGACAUGCAGAGAUGAUGAAACGUUUGCUUGAUCAAUUGGCGGAGAAUGGGAAAGAACUCGGGGUGCACGAGUACCUGCUUAUCUUCCUUAAGUUUGUACAGGCUGUUAUUCCAACGAUCGAAUACGACUAUACGAAGUCCAUACAUCUGUAG